UGCUCACAUGUUGUAUUUGCUGACUGCCAGCGUGAUGCCAAUGUCAAAAAGAUUGUUCCCCUGGUUGCCCAGCUGGUGGGUGAGAGCCCACGCUACCACAGGGCUGAGAGCACCGACUACAGCAUCCUGGUGAUCGGCGUGCCAAACGUGGGCAAGUCCUCGCUCAUCAACUCCCUGCGGAGGCUGCAUCUCAGAAAGGGGAAAGCCACUGCGGUCGGUGGUGAGCCAGGCGUCACCAAGGCUGUGCUGACCAGAAUCCAGGUCUGUGAGAAGCCCCUGAUGUACCUGGUGGACACGCCGGGCGUGCUGCCCCCAAAGCUGGGGGACGUGGAGACAGGCAUGAAGCUGGCGCUGUGUGGAGCCAUUCGUGACCACCUGGUGGGGGAGGACAUGAUGGCCGACUACCUUCUGUACACCCUGAACAAGCAGCAGCAGUUCAGGUACGUACAGCGCUACAGGCUGGCCGAGGCCUGUGAUGACAUUGAGGCCGUGCUGAAGCACGUGGCCCUUGCCCAGGGCUGGACGCAGAAGGUGAAGGUGCUGACGGGCACAGGGAAUGUCAACGUGACGACACUCAACUACUCGGCCGCUGCUUACGAGUUCCUGCGGGAUUUCCGGGCAGGACGCCUGGGCAGGGUGACGCUGGACUGA